AUGCUGCACACCAGAACAACAGUAACCAUCGUUCUUGCGCUUCUCCAACUGCUUGAUCUACCUCGUUACGUUGAAGCACAAUACUCGGACUUCGGUGCGACAACCAAAUACUGCUAUAGUUGCAUGUCAGAAGAUUUCUUACUGCAUUGGCCGUAUCUCGAUGAGGUUUACUAUCGACCCAUCAAUUUCACGGACCACUGCUUCAAAAUACCGGCGAGGGCAAACAUUGGUAUGAUGCCGUGCAGUCAUUCAAUGUGCGUCACCGUUAUUGAACCGAGAAUACUGGCGGGACAACAUAUUGGCAACAAUAUCAUUCGGGGAUGCUUUUCGGGAGUUUUCAAGCAUGGCGCGACACCAAGGACUGCAACUCAAAAUGUUUUAGAUACCUCUUGUAUGCGAAUGCCCGCUCACAAGCUGUUGCCGCCGAGGUUAGCGGGACGAAGCAGCAAUAGAACGGUGGAGCUGUGCUGGUGUGUUGGACAAUUGUGUAAUGAUUAUCCAUCUGUGGCAAUCAAUCGGAGGUAA